AUGCUCAGCUUUGUGGAUACCCGGAUUCUGUUGCUGCUUGCAGUGACAUCGUACCUAGCGUCAUGCCAAUCGGGCCCAAGGGGAGAUAAAGGACCAAGAGGUGACAGGGGUCCUAAAGGUCCUGAUGGCAAACCUGGCAAACCUGGAAUUCCUGGGCCUCCCGGCCCUCCUGGCCCCCCUGGUCUUAGUGGAAACUUUGCUGCUCAGUAUGAUGGCUCUAAAGGACCUGACCCUGGCCCUGGACCUAUUGGUUUGAUGGGACCUCGCGGCCCUAGUGGACCACCUGGUGCCCCUGGACCUCAGGGAUCCCACGGACAUGCUGGCGAACCUGGAGAGCCUGGACAGGCCGGACCAGUUGGACCUCGUGGACCCCCUGGACCUCCUGGAAAGUCUGGUGAUGAUGGUAACAAUGGUAGACCUGGACAGCCUGGAGACAGAGGUGCAACUGGCCCUCAGGGAGCUCGUGGUUUCCCAGGAACUCCUGGACUUCCAGGCAUGAAGGGACACAGAGGCUACAAUGGUCUUGACGGACGUAAAGGAGAGCCUGGUGAAACCGGAUCUAAGGGUGAAACAGGUGCUCAUGGCUCAAAUGGAACCCCUGGACAAAGAGGUGGACGUGGCCUGCCUGGUGAGAGAGGUCGUCCUGGACCUGCUGGUCCCGCAGGUGCCCGUGGUGCUGAUGGUAACACUGGUCCUGCUGGCCCUGCUGGUCCACUUGGAUCUGCUGGCCCUCCAGGUUUCCCCGGUGGCCCUGGACCUAAAGGAGAGGUUGGACCUGCUGGUUCUUCUGGCCCAACUGGACCUCAAGGACAGAGAGGAGAGCCUGGACAAAAUGGUGUUGCUGGCCCAGUUGGUCCUGUUGGUAACCCUGGUGCUAAUGGUCUCAAUGGUGCUAAGGGAGCUGCUGGCACUCCUGGAGUUGCUGGUACCCCUGGUUUCCCUGGACCAAGAGGAGGCCCUGGCCCCCAGGGACCCGCUGGAGCUUCUGGCCCCAGAGGUCUUAGUGGUGACCCUGGACCCGUUGGAGUGAAGGGAGAGUCUGGUGCCAAGGGUGAGCCUGGUAACAUUGGUGCUCAAGGUCCCACUGGUGCUCCUGGUGAUGAGGGCAAAAGAGGCUCAACUGGUGAGCAGGGAGGAGCUGGACCUGUUGGUCUGCGCGGACCCAGAGGAGCUUCUGGAACUCGUGGUCUUCCUGGUCUGGGUGGUAGAGGAGGACCAAUUGGUAUGCCUGGUACAAGGGGUGCUGCUGGUGCUCCUGGUGCACGUGGAUCUCCUGGUGAUGCUGGCCGCCCUGGUGAGGCCGGUCUCGUUGGAGCCAGAGGUCUCCCCGGUAGCCCUGGAAGCCCUGGACCCCAAGGAAAGGAGGGACCUGCUGGUCCUUCCGGUCAAGAUGGCCGCGGUGGACCUCCUGGCCCACCUGGACCCAGAGGCCAGCCUGGUAACAUUGGAUUCCCUGGCCCCAAAGGACCUUCUGGUGAGCCUGGCAAACCAGGAGAGAAGGGACCUGUUGGUGCUACCGGUCUAAGAGGCCCCCCUGGUCCUGAUGGUAACAAUGGACCUGCUGGUGCCGUUGGAGUUGUAGGUGGUGCUGGUGAGAAAGGAGAGGCAGGACCUGCUGGUGCUCCUGGUUUCCAGGGUCUUCCUGGACCUGCUGGACCUGUUGGUGAGACUGGCAAACCCGGAGACAGAGGUAUUCCUGGAGAGCAAGGUGCCGCUGGACCUGCUGGUGGCAAGGGAGAGCGUGGUAACCCCGGACCUGCUGGUGCCAGUGGUGCCCAGGGACCCAUGGGAGCUCGUGGACCUUCUGGUCCUCCUGGCCCUGAUGGAAACAAGGGUGAGCCCGGUGCUGUUGGUCUUGCUGGUGCUCAAGGUCCCCAGGGACCUGUUGGCAUGCCUGGUGAGCGUGGUGGUGCUGGUUCUCCUGGAGUCAAGGGUGAGAAGGGUGAGUCUGGUUACAGAGGCCCAGAGGGCAAUGCUGGAAGAGAUGGUGCACGUGGAGCUCCUGGUCCCAUUGGACCUCCUGGACCUGCUGGUGCCAAUGGGGAUAAAGGUGAGGGUGGUUCUGCUGGUCCUGCUGGCCCUUCUGGUGCUCGUGGUGUCCCUGGAGAGCGUGGUGAGGCUGGCCCUGCUGGACCUCCUGGAUUUGCUGGGGCUCCUGGUCCUGAUGGCCAGGCUGGAGCUAAAGGUGAGAAAGGUCCCGCUGGUGGAAAGGGUGAUGUUGGACCUGCCGGUCUUGCUGGUCCUGCUGGCAACCCUGGACCUGCUGGUCCCUCUGGUCCAUCUGGUCCCCCUGGUGCUCGUGGUGAGACCGGUCCCCCUGGUUUGACUGGUUUCCCUGGUGCUGCUGGAAGAGUUGGUCCUCCUGGCCCUGCUGGUAUUGCUGGACCUCCUGGUCCCACUGGUCAUGCUGGAAAGGAUGGUCCUCGUGGUGCUCGUGGUGAUGUUGGACCUGCUGGACCUCAGGGAGAGAACGGCCUGAUUGGACCACCUGGGCCACCUGGUGAGAAGGGAUCCUCUGGAGAGAGUGGCACUAAGGGACCUCCAGGUACUCCUGGACCUAGCGGUCUGAUUGGACCUCAGGGAAUCACUGGUCUUCCCGGCUCCAGAGGUGAACGUGGUUCACCCGGUGCUAUUGGUGUAGUUGGUGAGCCUGGUAGACUUGGACCUGCUGGUGCCCCUGGUGCCCGUGGUCCAGCUGGUAACAUUGGUCUGCCUGGUAUGACUGGUCCUCAGGGAGAGGCUGGACGUGAGGGUAGCCCUGGUAAUGAUGGACCUCCUGGCCGCCCUGGUCUUCCUGGUGUUAAGGGUGACCGUGGAGAGCCUGGAUCUCCUGGUCCUCUUGGAAUUGCUGGUGCUUCUGGACCCUUGGGACCAUCUGGUCCAGCUGGCAGACCUGGAAACCGUGGUGAGGCUGGACCCUCUGGAUCUGUUGGACCAGCUGGCCCUGCUGGUGCAAGAGGUGCCCCUGGCCCUGCUGGAGCCCGUGGUGAGAAGGGUGUGGCUGGAGACAAGGGAGACAGAGGCAUGAAGGGACUGCGUGGACAUCCUGGUCUCCAGGGAAUGCCUGGACCCAGCGGACCUAGUGGUGACAGUGGCAUAGCUGGUCCUUCUGGACCUGCUGGUCCCAGAGGCCCUGCUGGUCCCUCUGGCCCAGCUGGUAAGGAUGGUAGACCUGGCACUGCUGGUCCUGUUGGACCUUCUGGACAUCGUGGUCCCCCAGGACAAGUUGGACCUGUUGGACCUCCCGGAUCUCCUGGUCUCCCUGGACCCCCUGGUGCUGCUGGUGGUGGAUAUGAUAUUUCUGGUGGCUAUGAUGAGUACAGAGCUGAUCAGGCUGCUCUCAGGGCUAAGGACUACGAGGUGGAUGCCACCAUCAAGUCCCUAAACACGCAGAUCGACAACCUGCUCUCACCUGAGGGCUCCAAGAAGAACCCUGCCCGCACCUGCCGUGACAUCAGACUCAGCCAUCCUGACUGGACCAGUGGAUUCUACUGGAUUGAUCCCAACCAAGGCUGCACCAUGGAUGCCAUUAAGGCCUUCUGCGACUUCACCACCGGUCAGACCUGUAUCUAUGCUCACCCUGAGAGCAUUGCACGCAAGAACUGGCACAGAAGUACCCAGGAGAAGAAGCAUGUCUGGUUCGGCGAGACCAUCAAUGGUGGCACCGAGUUUGGCUAUAAUGAUGAGACCCUGAGCCCACAGUCCAUGGCUACACAGCUGGCCUUCAUGCGUCUGCUGGCCAACCAGGCUGUCCAGAACGUCACCUACCACUGCAAGAACAGCAUUGCCUACAUGGAUGGUGAGAACGGCAACCUGAAGAAGGCUGUCCUGCUGCAAGGCUCCAAUGAUGUGGAACUCCGGGCAGAGGGCAAUAGCCGCUUCACCUACAGCGUUCUGGAGGAUGGCUGCACUAAACACACUGGCCAGUGGAGCAAGACAGUCAUUGAAUACAGAACAAAUAAACCAUCUCGCCUGCCCAUCCUCGACAUUGCACCUUUGGACAUUGGUGGCGCUGAUCAAGAAUUUGGUCUGGACAUUGGCCCAGUCUGUUUCAAAUGAAUAGACUCAAGAUAAAUUAAAAAAAGAGAGAAAGAAAGAAAAAUGAAAAAAUCUCUGCCCUUCUUCUCUGUGUUGUUUUUUAUACUGAAUGCUGAUUUCCUCUGCACAUCCACUUGCUUAAGCUGGGUUCUAUCGGCGAGGACCAAUGGACUGAACGGAGAAUUGCACAAUGCAAAUUAAUACAGCUGCCCAAAAAGAGAUGCUGGGAAACACCAUGGUGUGGGACAUGCCAUCAUUUUGUAAAAAAUGAAAGAAGUGUAAUAAAAAUGAUGAAAGUAUGCAUCACUUUGUGGUCUUUAUAUAUCUUCCAAAGAGGAGGUUUAAAACCACAAUUUCCAAAAGGUUUAAACUACCUCAUGCCUGUAAAAAUAAAAUAUUACCAGACCUGAACCACAUCCUACUCAUUGGUACUAAAGCUUCAAGUUCUGUCCUGUGUCAAAGGUGCUCAAACACUUGAAGUGCGGAUAUAUGGUGCUACAUUUACAGCUGUGGAGGAAACCACUUUUACUGUAUUACUUUGUAUUGUCUUUAAGGAGAAUUGCACAGGUCCCACUGAUAACCCCAUUUUUUAAGCAGGUGGAAAAUUCCUAAUCUGAUGUUUGUCCGGAUUUUACUUUUCAUGUUUUCGUUGUUUUGUUUUUAGUUUUGUUUGGAUUCUUUUUUGUUAAGGAAUUUAGUUCAACCACACCCCCCCCCAGCGUUCAUACUGACAAUCACAUUUCAUCCAUUUCAAAAGGGUAUUGGAGGCCUCUCUCUCGCAAAAAUGAACCACAAAGUUUAUUGUACCUAUUUUGUAUAUGUGAGAUGUUUAAAUAAAUUGUGAAAAGUUCUGAAAUAAAGCAUGUCCAAUGUUCUAAAACACAA